AUGACAGAUAUAGGUGCUUAUACAAUAGGAGCUAUAUUAUCUUUGCAAACAUUAUGUACUUGUAUAAUUUCAACAAUUGGACAAUAUAUUUAUGCAUAUUAUCUUGAAAUCUAUCCUACACCAUCAAAUAGUACAUAUAAUUUUUCUACAAUUACUUCAAUAACUACAUAUAAUUUUCUAAAAAAAUUUAAUGAUGAUACUAAACAAUGUAUUGAAAGUGAUAUAUCACCUGAUAGUGAUGCUCAAGCAUGGGCCCAACAACAAUCAGCAGAUUUAUUUUUUUGGACUAAUUUAUAUAGUAGUUGUCCAUUAAUCAUAAUGACAUAUAUACUUGGUUUAUAUACACCAAAAUUAGGUCAACGUUUUGUACUUAUAUUAACAAUGAUUGGUACAUUUAUUCAAUUUUCUAUAUGGUUAGCAAUUAUUUAUUUUCAUUUAUCUGAUUAUUGGUGGUAUAUAUCUGCUGUUAUAAUAGGUAUAUCAGGAUCUAGUGGUAUUCUAAGUUUUGUAUUAACUUUAAUUAUAACUGAAACAACACAUGAAGAUGAUUUAUCAUCACGUUCUGUACGUCUUGGUGCAUUACAAACAGGUAUAUCAGCUAUAGGAACAUUUGCUAUUGGUUAUUAUAUUGAUUGGCGUGGUUUUACAGAUCUAUGUUGGAUAGGUUUAGGAUUAGAAUUUCUAUCAAUAUUAAUUGUUAUAUUUAUUUUUAAAUCAACAAAUUCUAAUCUUAAUGAACAAACACCUUUAUUAAUAUCAACAAAUAAUACUGAAUUUAAAGAAUUAUCUUCAAAUAGAUGUAGUCAUUUUUUUCAAGUUUGUACAGUAUUUCAUUUUAAUGAACGAAGAACAUCAAAAAAAUCGACGAGUCUUCUAUUAACAUUAUUUUCAAAUAUUUUUUAUACAUUAGCAUCAUCAACAUUUGGACCAUUUCUAUGGUUUCUUCUUAAUGCACCAUUUUGUUGGACAUCAAAAGAUAUUGGGAAUUAUUCAGCAUUAGCAGCUAUAUCUUAUGCUAUAUUAAGUGUACUUGGUAUGCAAGCAUUAACACAUGCUGGUGCAAAUGAUGCUGUUAUUUGUUUAAUAAGUCAUAUAUUUUUUUUUGUAUCAUCUAUAUGGUUAGCAUUUGCACGUCAUAAUUGGGAAUUAUAUGCUGGAUUAUUAGUAAGUGCUUUUUCAGGUUAUCAAGGUUCAUUAACAAUGUCAAUGAUGGCAAAAUGGUUAGAACCAUAUGAACGUUCAAAUGCAUUUACAUUUGUUACAGAAAUUAAUACAAUUACGACAACAUUUGGUUUAACAUUUUUUACUUGGGUUUAUGCACGUACAGUAGUUAGUUAUCGGAAUUUAACUUUUCUUCUUGGCGCUGGACUUUGUAUUAUUCCAACGAUUUUAAAUUUGUAUGUAUUGAGUUGA